CUUUCUCUACUUCACCUUCUGCAUGUCGAGACCACCAACAUGACGACGCCUUCGUCGCAAGCGCUAGCCAAGCGCAACGCCGACACUCAGCUUAUGCCACCUCCUCCGCCGACGAAGCGCAUCAAACGCCCGUCUCAAGUCGUCGACGAAGAUGUCUAUACCGAUGCUCUCUCGCACAUCAUCGCACGCGAUUACUUCCCUGGACUACUGGAGACGCAGGCCCAGCAAGAGUACUUGGAAGCGCUAGACUCGAAGGAUAAUGACUGGAUUCGAGAUGCUGGCCGCAAACUACACCAGGCCAUGACACCCGGUCCUCGCUCACGCAGAGGUACCUCUAUCGCGCCUUCAGCUACUCCGCGUGCAUGGCAAGGGGCAACUCCUAUGAGGACGCCUUCCGUUGCUCCAUCUGUGGUCUCCAGCAGUGCUGAAGCUUCUAAGCCUCCAGUAGACACUACGCUCUCGCUAGGCGCAUUCCAGACCAAAUACACGUCCGAAGACAACGAGUCCUUCAACUCCCUGCUCGAUCGCCAAAAUCAGAAGCGCGCCGAGAAAUACGCUUUUCUAUAUCACGGCAACAAACUGCCCUCUAAGCAACAAAUCGCUCAGCAGAAGCUUCUGUCUGACACACCAGCCUCCCAAUCAACAGCUCUCGUCACCCGACCGUCGCAGAACCUGGACGAUCGCUCUGCCUCUUUCGACUCUUUUCCUAAUCGCCAGGGUCCGCGCAACACCUUGAUGUUUGCGCCAGAUGGCAUCGAAGAUACACACGAGACCAAGGUCGACCGCGCACAAGCUGCUUCUGUAGCCCCUCCCAAAGCCGUCUCCUAUGCUUCGACCCGCUUCCCCAUGGUCUUAUCUGAAGACUCAUCUGUCCCUCCUUCACCAUCCAUGUCUGCAGUCGAUGCCGCCAUUGCUGGUCGGCCGCGUCCUUCUUCAACAGACGCAGGCUAUUCCGGUGCAGAAACACCACGAGUCAAAGGUUACGCUUUUGUGGAUGCGGAACCGCUACCCCACGAACUCGAGCCUCCGAAAGGUGUACCUGUAUCUGACGCCGAGGCGGAUGCGGAGGAGCGCGCUGCUGCCAUGGCUUUACUUCCUGCGGUGGACCCCGACGCUGGUAACAAUCCCUUCAAACUCCAGGCCCAGAGCAAGAGAGAGGACAUACUUGAUCGGCUCGUUGAGAAAUCGAAUUUGCAGAGAAGAAAACCUACGGCUGGAGGAAGAUUAAGUGCUCUGAAAGGACAAGAUGGACGUACCCCAACACCCCGAUUUACCAGUAGCCCUGCAUUGGGUCGUCAGACACCAGGAGUGAACAUGACACCAGCUGCACGUCUGCUGGCUUCAAGGAUCGGAGGACGCACGCCUGGAAGAACCGACACACUCUUUGGAAGCCAACAGUCUGGAGAUAGAUCUAGUCGUGUGUGGACGCCGACACCCAGAGUGAAGAAGCCGACACGAUGAAUUUACGAAUCAUGAAUUACGAAUAAUCAUAACAUAGACUAUUCUUACACACCCAAAUAAUAGCUUGCCUAUCAUGGCAUGUCAAGGCGAGCUAAAUGCUCGAAUCAUGGCAUUUGAGUUUCC